CCCCGAGGGUGCUGGCGUGGGGGCACCUGGUGCUCGUCCAUCCCGUGUCUGCGCCGCCGCGCCUCGCUCAUGGCUGAGGGCCGGCGGUGGGAGGAGGAAGAGGAAGAGCUGCGGGAGCUGGGGCGCCGGGCCCGGGGCCGUGCGCUCUCGGGCCACUCGGCAGCAGAUCGCAACGAACGAAAUAAACCAGAGCAUCGUUCUUCAAGCCAAGGACCCUUGUCAUCCAUUAGAGCGGUAAUCAAGAGAUCUUCUCGGACUUCUAUUCAGAGUGAGCUUCAUCGAGAUAGGAGGCGCCCGGAGAUCACCAUUGUGGCAGCUGAGCCACUGAGGCCAGCCUCAUGGUUUCCAGGAGCCCCACCCCCAGCACUAGGAUUUCCCCCGUCCUCUGCAGCAGGCCCUUGGAGGCCCGGUGAGCUGGUUCCUGCUGAGCUCCCACCAUCUUAUGAACAAGUCAUAAAAGAAAUCAACCAAGUUCAAGUUAAUACGACAAAUAAUAAUAAUGCUGCUGCUUCUCCCAGGCACACUAUUACUUCUGCAACUCAGACGGACUUUUCAGAAGACAUAGACAACCAUCUGCCUCAAACAUUACAGGCACCUCUCAAACCUCUACAGCCUUCCCCAGGGGUCUCAGCCAGUGAUCUUCCCACAAAUGUGGCACCUUUAAUUGUCUUUGACAUUUCUGAGGAACAGAAUUGUCCAGAAAACUCUAAUGCUACAAGAUGUCCAGUGCCAAGACCAAGAUCAAAAGGCAACCUCAGACCAGUAGCCAGAAAUACUCACAGUAAAGAGCAGAAUCAUCAGAAAAUCAACCCAGCAGCCACAGAAGAGGAGUCACCCCCAAGCAGAACCCAGUGUCUGUUGGAUAAUACCAACGACUUCGAUAGUCAGACAGUGAUGAACAUCAUGAACACAGAACGAAGCCAAAAUAGUAUUGUUUCAAGGGUCAAAGCAUUUGAUAGUCAGACAAAUACAGAAACCUCUGCACUGCCCAAGAAACCAGAGAUCGCUCCUCGAGCACUCCCCCCACGGCCUGCUGUUCCCUCGGGGAAGCCCUCUGUGGCUCCCAAACCAGCUGCUAACAGAGCUCCUGGAGAAUUGGACUCCUGGAAUGAAAACAGACGUAAGGGGGCCGCUGGAGAAGGGCUUACCCCGCACUCUCUACCACAAGAAGUGGGGAGCAUCUCCGUAACCAAACCUGAAUUGCCAAAGAAACCAAACCCUGGCUUUACACGGAGUGUUAAUCAUGAGAUUCUGGGAGGAGAGCCCGUGGUGGAGAGCCCUGAUGGCGGGAAGAGAGUCCCGACUCCUGCUCCUCGACCUCUGCUGCUGAAGAAAUCCGUUUCCUCGGAAAACCCCACCUGCCCUGCAGCUUUGCUAAAACCAGUCACCAUUCCUCCCCGACUCUCAGUGGCAUCACAAGCCAAAGCAUUCAGGUCACUGGGCGAAGGGCCCUCAACCAACCCCCCAGUCCCAGGUCUGCAAAGCAAGCCUCUUGGGGACAUUGACCUCAUCAGCUUUGAUGAUGAUAUCUUACCCACCCCAUUUGGGAACAUGGUUGAAGACUCUGUUGGUUCGGAGAUGGUUCUGGAUCCCUUUCAGCUCCCCACAAAAACAGAACCAACAAAAGAACAAGCAGUUCAACCAGCACUCACCAGGAAGCCCACUGUGAUUCGAAUUCCAGCCAAACCAGGAAAAUGUUUACAUGAGGAUCCACAAAACCCACCUCCUCUCCCUACUGAAAAGCCUAUUGGAAACACUUACAGUACAGUAUCUGGAAAACCCAGUAAUGUUGACAGAACUAGAAACUUGGAAUCUGACCAGGCUGGUCAAACAGGAGGUUCUGUGAGAGGACCCCCAAGGCUACCACCAAGACCUGCAAAUGGAAAAGUCAUACCAGCUCGACAACCUCCUCACAAGGGGGCCCCUGAAAGACCACCUCCCCCAAGACUUUCUGCAACCAGAACAUCAAAUAAAAAACUGCCUUUUAAUCGGUCUUCUUCUGACAUGGAUCUUCAGAAAAAACAAAAUAACUUGGCAUCCAGACUCUCCAAAGCCAAGAGUCAAGUUUUUAAAAGUCAAGAUCCGGUGCUACCCCCUCGCCCUAAACCAGGACACCCUCUCUACAGAAAAUACAUGCUGUCGGUGCCUCAUGCAAUUGCCAAUGAAGACAUUGUCUCCCAAAACCCCGGAGAACUCUCUUGUAAGCGUGGGGACGUACUUGUGAUGCUGAAGCAGGCAGAAAAUAAUUACUUGGAAUGCCAAAAGGGAGAAGACACUGGCAGAGUUCACCUGUCUCAGAUGAAGAUUAUCACCCCACUUGAUGAACAUCUUAGGAGCAGACCAAACGAUCCAAGCCUUCCUCAGAAGCCUGUUGACGGCAGGACUCCUCAUGCUAUUGUUCUUCAUGAUUUUCCAGCCGAGCAAGUUGAUGAUUUGAAUCUCACUUCUGGAGAAAUUGUUUAUCUUCUGGAAAAAAUAGAUACAGAUUGGUACAGAGGGAAAUGUAGAAACCAGACUGGGGUAUUUCCUGCCAACUAUGUCAAAGUAAUUAUGGAUGUUCCAGAAGGAGGAAAUGGGAAAAGAGAAUCAGUUUCAUCUCAUUGUGUUAAUAAAGGUCCAAGAUGUGUUGCUCGGUUUGAAUACUUUGGAGACCAGAAGGACGAGUUAACUUUCUUGGAGGGAGAAACUAUUGUUCUUAAAGAAUAUGUGAAUGAAGAGUGGGCCAGAGGAGAACUACGGGGCAGAACUGGGAUUUUCCCCCUUAACUUUGUGGAACUCGUUGAGGAUCAUCCCACCUCUGGUACAAAUGUUUUAAGUACAAAGGUACCACCGAAGACCAAUAAAGAAGAUUCUGGAGCAAAUUCUCAGGAUAGCAGUCUUUCUGGAGAAUGGUGUGAAGCUCUUCACAGUUUUAUGGCAGAAACCAGUGAUGACUUACCCUUCAGGAGAGGAGAGCGAAUCCUGAUCCUUGAGCGUCUGGACUCCGACUGGUACAAGGGCAGACUUCGAGACAGGGAGGGGAUCUUCCCAGCAGUCUUUGUCCGGCCCUGCCCAGCUGACGGGAAAAGUAUGUCUCCUAUAGCACUGAAGGGGAGGAAGGCCAAAGCCUUGUAUGAUUUCCACGGGGAGAAUGAAGAUGAGCUUUCCUUCAAGGCUGGAGAUAUAAUAACAGAGCUGGAAUCUGUAGAUGAUGACUGGAUGAGCGGAGAACUCAUGGGAAAAUCUGGAAUAUUUCCCAAAACCUAUGUUCAGGUUUUACAAGUCAGCUAAAGGUGAAGCUUGACUGUGUUCCUUGGCACAAGAACUCACUUGAACUAUCACUUCGACUAUCAGAUAUGGUUUUUUUGCACUAUUUUUUUUAAACUGAAAGAACUAUGUAUGCUGUACAUGGUACACUAGAAUUUUCUGAAAGCAGAAAAUAUCUAGAUUUCAUAGUUAGCUUUUACUCACAGUAGAAACGUGCAAGUGAAAACCCAUGAGCGAGUGUUCUACCAAGGAAAAUAUCAGACAGGAUUAGCAAAGAGAUAAACACUUCCCCAGGGAAAGCGCCUGGUGACGCGCGGCACAGGGAGGCGGACAAGCAAAAGUUGUGUUUGGACAUCUAUUUUCAUCAGCAAAAGUCAACUAUGCUUCAUUUUUUACUUUCGUUUAAAAAGUGGACAUUCAGUAUUCUACAUGCUGUAACUAUCAGGACAUGGUUGGUAAUCUAAAUUUCAUUUUUCAUAUUCAAAUUAAUUCUAAUAGCUCGAGUGCAUUAUGCUUAUUACCAGGGCAAAUCCCUGCUUCAGGAGAGGGUAGUUUAUUGAUUAGUUCAAGCUUGUGUAAGAAUGUGGUAAAUCAGUUCAUGCUCACCAAAUACUUCUUGUGUUAAUAAGUGUUUCCUCUUUGUCCAAGGAUUUGUAGGGGGUUAAAAUUUGAUGGAUCUUAGUCAAAAGAACCAAAAUCAUCCUGAGAUGCCUUGCUAAUAUGACUAACCCUUCCACAUACCUGCCUUCCACAUACCUGCCAUACUUACUUCUCUCCUCCAUUUAUACUUUAUACAGGGUUGUUAUAAAGCACAUUUUCUGAAUCUGCAAUCAUUCUUUUGACAAUUACUGGUACCCAAAGAAAAAUUCAUUUUCUUUGUGUUACCCCAGUAAUAUAUAAAAGCUGUGUCUUGUUAUAGUGGUACAUUAUGAAUCACAUAUAUCUCAGAAUACAGAGCAAGUAUUAAGAUGGAAAACAAUGCCAAACCUCCACAGCUCAUUUCUUCCCAAAAUAAUCAGAAUGAAAAAGAAUUUAAGAAGACUGAAGGCUGAUACUCUUUUGGGGUUUUUUCCCAACUCAUCCCUUCACAAUUAUUAGAGUAAAUAAAAAACCACUUCCCUGUUAUAUCCUUUGUUAUGCAUGCCAGGCUUAAGAUAAAAGCAGUUCUUUAUAGGACUGAAUCAAUUCCAGUUUAUGGGCUAAAGCCAAAUAGGUUGAAGACAAUCUUCCAAAUAGAUCAAUGGAAUAGAAUUUCAUUAGAAAUGUAAAACACUUUCUCAAUAAUGUUCAUGACUUUCUUCGAUUUUUAAGAAGAGUUUCAUAUACUGGGCCACUUUUUAGCUUUUGUUAUUGUUUCCCAUUGUCCAAAAAGUUAGGUAACCAAGGGUCAGACCAUUAUGUGAACAUGAGAUGGGAGUUGUAUAAGAAAAGAGUUAUUUACUUCGUCUUUGAUUAGAGGUCAUCUGCCAGCUAUAUGGUUAUAAUUGAUUGAUACGGGGUUGUUUUUUCCUACAUGUUUUGGGCAAAGAAGACAGUAUAAAGAAAACUCUUGUCAAAUUUUACUCGAGUAAUUUCAUGAGAAAUGGAUGACUCAAAGCAUUAUCCAAGUUAAAUUCCCAUUGCAGUAAGCUGUAUAAUAGGAAGUAGGAUGUGUGUCUGAAAAAGGACAUGAGGUAUAUUUCUUUGCCUGUGUAAUUUUAACAUCUUAUAUUAAAGAUCAUGAAAACUUAGCUUUAUUGGAGAAAAAUAUCCUCUUAAAUUUUGGGCUUCUGUCAGCAGAAUGAUAAGUGCAAUAGUUGUAAAUCUACUUGACAUUAUAAUAAACUGAACCCAACUUUUCAAGGUCCUUUUCUCAUACUAGACUAAGUUUUUUGAGAAUAGAGAUGGUAUCUUCUCUUUAUAA